CUCGUUUUGAAGAUGCUUCAGUCGCGCGCCCCAACCGACACUGCCGCCGCAGUUGUGUCCGACUCUCUAGGCCCCCGCCCGUCUACAAAGUCCAUCACAUCGCGUUCGACUAACGGGGACUCGAGAAGCAGCACCAGCAGCAAUUCCCCUGACAUUGGGUCGUGGAAGGCAACGCUGGCGUCGUUGGUGGAACAGCACCCCCACGUGACGUCGAAUUGGAGCGAGCCGAGGACCGCCGACUUCAAAGUGCGCAGCAAACGCUACUUGACCACAAGCUUGAAAGAACAAGUCGACGAAGCGAAGUGCGAACUCAUUUGGGUCGAUGUGUUCCAAGGCGAUCGGUCCAAGUUUUUUCACAUCUCGCAGCGCCCCGAGAGCGUCGUGCGCCACUUUACCGAGCUGUACCCACACCGAGAGCUGUUUGUGCUCAACAUUUUGCUGCCGGGGACCCCCGAUGUCACAUAUGCGCAGUACUUUGCGUUGCGACCAGACGGCGUCACAGACGCGUUCUCGAAACUGUGGCGGGCGUUCAUGGACGGCACGGACGACUUCCGAAAUGCGCGCCUCAAGCUCAUCCCACGCGUGGUCGAAGGGCCGUGGAUGAUUCGCAAAGCGGUUGGCGCCAAGCCGUUCAUUCUGGCCAACGCCCUCGAGGUGCAGUGGUUCCGCGGCAAGAAUUACUUGGAAGCCGUCGUGGACGUGAGCUCCGAUUCCAUCGCGAAGAAGGUCACGUCCAUGUGUCGCAUGUGCGUGGCGUCCUUGGUCGUGGACAUGGCGCUUGUGGUGGAAGGCAAGUCCGAAGACGAGCUCCCUGAAGCCAUCCUUGGAUGCGUUCGAUAUGACCGGCUCGACAUGAAAUUUGCGACCAGUAUUUAACCGCCCAUCCACAUCAUCAUCCAACCAAACACUCUACUUUCUUGACUCCUUCGUCCCCUGCCGCGGCGGAUUAUGUAGCUCCCUGAACGACUGCUUGCAAUAUGUAGCUCUCCCUGAGUGGUGGUGACCUUUCGAGUGUCAAAUCCGGAUAUCAAAAUAUGUCGUAACCGGAUACACCAUCAC